AUGCGAGGCACACAACUAUUCAAUGCAACAGUUGUCGCUUGGCUGCUGGCUCUGUUUGUGACCAUCAUCAUUCUUCUUUCUAUGGCUCUAUAUGCCAUAAAAAGGAAUAAACUUAACAAUAUCCUGAAAUGGAGAUACAUUGUCGGCCAUCCUGGAAGCAGCCCGACUCCAAUGUCAUUGAUCAACCCUUCGUAUCAGUCAACACCCAGAGGUGUUGCAACACCUGAGAACUCUGACUAUCAGGAGUUACAGCCCUUGACAAGUGCAGACGUCGAGGACGAUUACAGCACAGCGAGACAUUCAGGAUUUGCCUUCACCCACCAAUCUGCAUCCGCUCACCUGAUCUCACCCAGAGAGUCAUGUCAUGAUGGUGACCUUGGUCCUCCUGCGUGUCACGUAACGGACAAGUCAAACCUAGUAGCUAUGUGGUCAACAGAGGUGAUGGUGCAAGGCCUGCGACUCUACGUUGAACAGAUGAAGAGAAGGGGUGGUUUCACAGAGCAGUGUUAUGAACUUCCGUGUGGCAAACUUGGGCCGUGUGACGAAGCCGAAUUGCCAGAAAAUGUUUGCAAAAACAGAUAUAGAAACAUACUGCCAUAUGAUCAUUGCAGAGUCAAACUUUCCCCUAUCCCCAACAUCCGUAGAUCCGACUACAUCAACGCUAGCUACAUAAAUGGAUACGGGGAGAAACACACAUUUGUAGCCACACAAGGACCUUAUGGAGACGUUAUUCGAGACUUCUGGAGGAUGAUAUGGGAAAUAGAUGCCAGCAAAAUAAUCAUGUUAACAAACUGUGUAGAAAACAGAAAGGCAAAGUGUGAGAAGUACUGGCCGGACUUCGGCCAGCCAGGCUCUGACUAUAACGAUGUCCAUGUCCAGUGUGUGGCCGAGGAGGAGCUGAUGGACUACACGGUCAGGACGUUCUCUGUACACAGGGAGGCGGAGUUACCUCGGAGACUGAAGCAGUACCACUUCACAGCGUGGCCAGACAGAGGAGUGCCAGAAGAUGUCGGGACGCUGGUGGACUUCCACAGACUGGUCAAGAACGCCCCGUCAACUGGGAAAGGCCCAGUGGUUGUCCAUUGCAGUGCUGGUGUCGGUCGGACUGGGACCUGGAUCGCUCUGGACUAUUUGAUCCAACAAGCUAAGGCGGAAGGUGUGGUGGAUGUCUUUGAGUGCAUUGUCAGGCUCCGGCAUCAGCGCAUGGAUCUCAUUCAGACCGAGGAGCAGUACCUAUUUCUCCAUGAGGCCCUAAUGGAGGCUCUCCCGUCUUGUGACAGAAUGAGGCCCAGUCUCGUCCACAACGGUACUGGUGAUUACGAAAACGUGGAGGCUCAGUUGACCUUGAACCAGUGAACAUUUCAAGAACCGUGUCAGGACUGUCAGCACCUGAAGACAAAGUUCCGUGUGUCAGCACAAUCGCAUCAAGACAUAGUUCCAUCAACAUCGAAGUUCUUCAUUA